AUGCAAGCCACCUGCAGAGCCGCCGUGACAGUGGGCCUACUGGGGCUCGUGAGGGCGCAGCUGCCAGGCACUGUAACCCCAGAAGUCCACCCUCAACUCACAACAUCCAAAUGUACCACAGCUGGGGGCUGCGUGACCCAGAACACCUCAGUUGUUCUAGACUUUGGUUACCGCUGGCUGCACACUGCUGAUUACGCAUCAUGCACAACAUCCAGCGGCAUCAACACGACCCUGUGCCCGGAUGAGGCGACAUGCGCACAGAACUGUGUUGUCGAAGGGGCCAACUACACAGCUGCUGGUGUGGCGACGACAGGCUCGUCCAUGACCAUGAACCAGUACGUGAACUCGUCAACUGGCGUCUCCAGCGCCUCGCCACGAGUGUACCUGCUCGACAACGACAGCCAGGACUAUGUCAUGUUCCAGCUGCUGGGCCAGGAGCUCACCUUUGAUCUUGACGUGUCCGCCCUCCCCUGCGGCGAGAACGGGGCCCUGUACCUCUCCGAGAUGGACGCCACAGGCGGCCGCAACCAGUACCAGACGGGCGGAGCAACAUAUGGCUCGGGCUACUGCGACGCGCAGUGUCCCGUGCAGACGUUCAAGAACGGCACUCUCAACACCAACGACGCGGGCUACUGCUGCAACGAGAUGGACAUUCUCGAGUCCAACAGCCUCGCUGCGGCCUUCACUCCUCACCCUUGCUUGGACGACGGCAGCGACUGCGACAAGAGCGGGUGCGGGUUCAACCCGUACAGCCAAGGCUACCAGGACUACUGGGCACCGGGCGGCACGCUCGACACGACCAAGCCCUUCACCGUGACCACGCAGUUCAUUACAGAUGACGGCACCACGACCGGAACUCUCACCGAGAUCAAGCGCAUCUACCACCAGAACAACGUGUCUGUGCCGAGCGCCAUCUCAGGCGGCAAUGGUGACUCGAUCAAUGCGACGUGGUGCUCUUCUGUCGACAGCGCGGCCACUACAUAUGGCAACCUCGAGACCAUGGGCGAGGCCCUUGGCCGUGGCAUGGUGUUGGCCUUUAGCAUCUGGAAUGAUGCCUCUCAAUACAUGGACUGGCUUGACGAGGGAAGCAGUGGCCCAUGCAGUAGCACCGCUGGCAAUCCGGCCUUGAUUCAGGCGAACAACGCAACUACUCACGUUGUGUUCUCAAACAUCAAAUGGGGUGACAUCAACUCUACAGUGGCAGCGGCACCAAGCCUGCGCAGCAGGGGAGUGCGUCACUUCUAA